ACAUCUCUGACUUUUGUCUCUAUCGUCCCUUCCGCGCACUCUUCCUCACAUAAAACCAAAAUUUACAGAGACAAAUCUAAACACGCUUUCUUCUUCUUUCUUCUUCUUCUUCAAUCACAAUCUGAUCUUCCGCGACUACAGCGAAGAAAAACCCAAUCGAAUCCUCCUGAAGAUCCGAUUCUAGCAUCCUCUUGUCUUCUUCUUCGAUCUUUCUUCUUCAGUUCACAAUAGCUUUCCAUGGGAUGGUCACAAGGAACUCUCACAAGAGUGAUCUGGGCAUGACCAAGUCCAUGAAUUUCUUCCAGAACAUCAUCAAACCCUUCAAACGCAGCUCCAAUCGAGGUAUUGAAGACGAUAUCGAGAGAAUCGCUGCUCUCGAGCAGAAAGUCUUCCCCUUUCAAGUCCUAGUCUCCGCUACCAAGGAUUUCAACCCGACCCACAAGCUCGGCGAAGGUGGAUUCGGACCCGUCUUCAAGGGAAGGUUACCUGACGGGAGAGACAUAGCAGUGAAGAAGCUAUCUCAGGCCUCAAGGCAAGGGAAGAGAGAGUUUGUUAACGAGGCCAAGUUGUUAGCUAAAGUCCAGCAUCGUAAUGUCGUUAACCUCUGGGGCUAUUGCACUCACGGUGAGGAUAAGCUCUUGGUCUACGAGUACGUCGCUAACGAAAGCCUUGACAAAGUCCUCUUCAAGUCUAACAGAAGAUCGGAGAUAGACUGGAAGCAGAGGUUUGAGAUCAUAACAGGCGUUGCUCGAGGACUGCUCUAUCUCCAUGAAGACGCGCCUAACUGCAUUAUCCACAGAGACAUCAAGGCUGGCAACAUUUUGCUCGAUGAGAAGUGGGUUCCCAAGAUUGCUGAUUUUGGGAUGGCUAGGCUCUUUCAGGAGGACGCAACGCACGUCAACACUCGCGUCGCUGGAACCAAUGGUUACAUGGCGCCUGAGUAUGUAAUGCACGGUGCUCUAUCGGUAAAAGCAGACGUGUUCAGCUUUGGUGUUGUGGUUCUUGAGCUCAUCAGUGGGCAAAAGAACUCCAGUUUUAGUCUGAAACACGCUGACCAAACUCUUCUCGAAUGGGCAUAUAGGUUGUACAAGAAAGGCAGGACCAUGGAGAUGGUAGACCCGGACAUAGCAGCCUCGGCUGAUCCAGACCAAGUCAGACUCUGCGUUCAGAUCGGACUGCUAUGUGUACAAGGCGACCCUCACCAGAGACCAGCUAUGAGAAGAGUGUCUUUGCUUCUCUCGAGAAAACCAGGACAUCUAGAAGAGCCAGAGCGUCCUGGCGUCCCGGGGUCUAGAUACCGACGUAGAACGCAUCACCGUCCUUCAGGAACAUCCUCGGUUGGUACAUUGUCGACGACGGGAUCGAGUACAGAUUCGUUUGGCUCGAACUUGAACACGAACAGUGGAACUGGAACAGGUAGAGCUACUCCAGUUUCUGCUAGGACACCGACACGGGGUCACGCCACUAGAAGUGCAGGUGCCAGCUCUAGCUCGGAUCCUCAUGGUAAACGGCCUAUGACGAGUUAUUGAAAGUAGAUAAUAUCUUUGUUACAUGUUUGAUUGUGUAUAGCGAGCUUUUUCUUGUUAUUGGUUCUGGUAGUGAUUAUAGGAGAGGGGUUUAGUAGUGUGUGAGAAAGAGAAAGAAAAGGAAAAGUUCAUUCAUUUGUUAUUUACAUUGUUAAUAUAUAAUAUUAAGAAAAUAAAAACUCUCCUCACGUUUUGAGGUUCCCAUGA